AUGGGAGCGAGCUACAGACCAGGGAACAUACGGGGCCUUGUGGACGUCUGCAUUCUGAAUCAGCUGGAAGAGCUCAACAAGACCGGUAACUCCUGGCUAACUGACGAACACAUCAAGGGCCUCAUCUUUGACACACUUGCUGCUGGUAUGACAGAGAUUUUGAAGACGCUCCGCCUCUUCCUGCUGCUCAUGUGUCACCACCCCGAAGUUCAGACCAGACUACAUGUAGAGGUCGAAACAAUCAUAGGUUCGGAGCGUUUUCCGUGCCCCGAAGACCUGAAGUGGAUGCCGUACACGCAGGCGGUGAUGUUGGAGAUAUGGCGCUACGGUUCACAGACGCCGCUCGCCAUACCGCAUCUUUGUCGGAAGGACGUCGAACUAGACGGCUACCUCAUAGAGGCCGGCUCAGUGAUCUUUCCGAAUCUGUACGCUGUUCACCACGACGAGGUUACUUGGGGAGACCCUUGGGAAUUCCGUCCAGAACGAUUCCUAAACGAGUCUGGGGAACCUCUUCCUUCCGACCACACACUGAUGCAAAACAUCAUCCCGUUUAGCGUCGGUAAAAGGGCGUGUCCUGGGCAGGAAUUUGCGCGCUCCAGAAUAUUCGUCACUAUGGCAUCACUGAUGCAGCGCGUGCGAGUGAUUCCCCCUGAAAACAGUAACUUGCCUCCGGCUGAUCCCCGGCUCUACAGCAAAGCGUAUCCGAUGACGGAACCACAGUUUGAAUGCCGCUUCUUGCCCAGAGAGGAUAGCAUUAUUUAGAACAACUAAAUAAAUGUUCCUGAUAGGGCACGGUCAAUAAUAUUUAAGUUCGAAAAAUGGCGUGUGGUCAACUCUGAUCAAGAGGUUAGAUUUGUAUUAUGUAUUAUACAUUGUAAGAUCGCAUAUUUUAAUUAUCCAUCGGAAGUCCAUAAUAUUAUUUAACGCUUGGCGAGACGAAGAUUUUCAGCGUUUAUAUGCAGUUUAGUCUU